UCGUAAACAAUUAUGAACGACAAAGAAGACGAUACUAGUGUUUACGGUCUCGUUACCGAAUUAAGUAGACACAUAUUGCAAACAUAUCGAUCUGUUUAUGGAAAUAUUCCAUUUAGUUAUGAACAUGAUAUUAAAAUGGUUAAACAUCUUCGAACCAAAGCAUUUGAAAUAUUGUUAAAGAAUAGUGGUUACAAGGAUCAUGAGCAGGUAGAUCCAUUAGUAGAGGCACAGAAAUAUGCUUUUGUGUUGAAACUAGAAUUGAAGCAUGUAAAUGAUGCUAACACAUUGGAAAAUCUUCUGCAAGAAGUAGAAGAAUAUUCACACUCUGAGUUGCAAGUUCUUUCAACGUUGCAAUUAUUAAUGCAGUUAAAAAGUUACACCACUAAUCCUGAACCAAUAAUAAAUAUAUUUUACUAUGGCAAAACAAAUCCUGCCAUACCCGAAAUCACAUACACUACCAAUAAUGUAACACCGUUUCAAGUAUAUCCCAUGGAAUGUUUUAUGUCAUCAGAUAAAUUUGAAGCAACAUUAAAAACAGAAAGGUUUCAAAUUACACCAAUUAUGCCUUCAAAUACAAUUAAUGAACAACAUUUCUUACAUGAUGCACCAAAAUCCAAAGCCAUUCUUGGAAUAGAGCCCAACAAUAUAUCUAUUACACCAGGUUUCAUGUCCAAUCAUGCAUUUGAUACAGUCUCCUCACAAGCAUUACUAUCACCAAGUGGACAUUUUACAAUAAAUUCAGAAUCAAGUUUGUGUAUUUUACAAGACACUGUGAUUGAAGAACAGACUGAAGAAAAUGAAAAUCUUACGGGCACAUGGAAAUCUAGUAAAUAUAACAAUGAUGAUGAACCGGUUAUCACCUCGGAUAUUUGGAAUUCUGCAUGUAACCGGGUUGACCUUAGCGAUACUUCUUUGGAUUACCAAACGUGGGAAUAUUUUGGAGAGAUCGCGUCUCCCAAAGAACCAAUGUUUGUAACCGACACGUUAGCUGCAGCGAUACAUCUGGCGAAAAUGAACCAAACAAGUAGUUUGCCUUUACUUUCAGAAAAGAUCAUGAAUUCCGUAUCUCUUCCGGAAGAAGUCUCCGCCAAGGAUUUCAUCAAUGAUCUGAAAUUAAUGUUACUCGGUAUAGAAUCAAGUUCUUUUCAGUAUAAACAUGUGACGGGAUUUACCCUGCGGAAAAAUAUUUGCGUAUAUGGCAUAUAUUCGGAAUCGUUAGAAAAAACUUGCCAGGAUGCAAUAAAAUGGGGUAACUGCUUUAUGUCACUAUCCCAGCUUACAUCGAAAUCAGAAAGCAGUAAAUUGCAGCAAGAAGGACUGAUAUUCAAGGCCAUGUGUACAAGCAUCAAAGAAGUACUGCUUUAUUAUCAAGCAGUACUUUUAAGAAUUUUUACCUGCGAAAACAAAUCGGAAACAUUACUGAAAUUAUUACGAAAUGUGCGUUCGGUAGCCUCCUUAAUUACUAAGCUUGCCAAAGUUUGUGAACCUUACAAACAACAUCAGAACACGCAUCGAGAAGGAAAUGGAAUUCUUACCAGGAUUUAUAACGAAGCCAUCAAAGUUACCGACAGCAAACUCGCUUUAGUAUUCUAUUCUUUAUUGAAAUCUUGCUGUGAAGUUUACUUUCGGUUUUUACAGAAAUGGAUAUUCGAAGGAAUAUGCGAUGACAUUUACGGAGAAUUUAUGAUCAAAAUUCGACCACAAUAUCUGCGCAACCGAGGACACAAAUUUUGGACGAAAAGUUUCGGUGUCUGUAACGAUGCAGUUCCAGGAUUUUUGACGGAUUUGACGGAAUCGAUACUUCAGUGUGGGAAAACAGUAAGACUUUUAAGAACUUGCGAUCCAAAGAAUCCAGUGUGUCGUGUUUGCACAACCGAACAACCCGAAGUAAAAGUUUGUUUGAGUGUGAACACGCUACGUGAACAAUUAUCAAGAUGCCGAGAAUAUGAAAGGAAAGGUAAAUCUGCUCUUGGUCCAGUGUUUUCUCUUUCUACGGCUAUUUCGAAUCAAAAAAUACUGGAGAAGAAUAUGUCAAAGGUCGUCGUUCCGGCACAAAAUGAACCAACGUGUAGAAUUCAGGAAGCAGGAAAUAUUUUAAAAACAAUGGAGAAGGAUCAAAUAUCAAAGAGUGACUCGCAACAGCAAGAAAUAGAGAAAGAGUCAUCAGAUGAUACGCUGUUACGUACUGAACUCGACAAACAGGGCAAUAUAAUAAAAGAAAAUUCACAGUAUGACGUUGAACGAAAUUCAUUGAUUGCUGCUCAGAAAACAGAUCUAUUGAGUCAUUAUGAGAACCUGAAUAACGAUCUCGAUAAACGUUACAUGCGUUCUCAAUGGCGUGCUAAAAGAAUGACAUUCUUCGAGAAAAGAAUCGACGCGUUAACUUUAUCGAGACUGGAAUCGCGAAAUCAGUUGGAAAUAAUUAACGAAAGUUCUGGUAAUGAGACACCGAUUAAAGACGAGAAUAAAAAUUAUGCAACUACUUAUCAAGCGUUUACGUCGAAUCUGACGUUUAAACCGUACGUUAAAGAACCAACAGGACCAACUACGUUGAAACAAUUUUCGGUCGAUUGCACAGAUCGAUCAUCAGAAAUUGAAAGACCUACUUUCUUAAACAUUCUCAAUAUUAAUGAUGCAACGAUAGUGCCGGACACCAAUCAAAAAGUGUUAUUAGGACCGUUGGAGUGUACUAUGACGCCAAAUAACAACGAGGUUGACGUACAGCGGAUGAAAAUCGCACUCGAGUCGAAAAAGGACGUGUACUAUGUCAGAGAUACAAAUUUUGAUGAAAACAAUUUGGAAACACCGAUGUCGUGUACCACUACGGAUAAUUCUGCUUGGUCGGCCCAGAGUCCCGUUUCACAGUAUUCCACUCUGUGCAAUACGGAAGAUAGCGAAUCUCCAAUGGAAAUCUCAAAUACCGUGGCAUCAAACUCCUCGUACACGAUUACGAAAUCUCCAGUAACGACAAAAGAAGAUACAACGUUUCCAGAGAUAUUUGGAUUAACUCGUAUGCUUAAGACACCGAGUGUCACGUUUUCAUCGCCAUCAGCAACAGCUCCUUUGACCGUAGCCGACGUCGAGAUAAUCGACCAUACUUCUCUUCAAAGCUAUUUGGAAAAAUCAAUUCGUAUUCCUCUUGACAUACAAAGUCGUUUAAUUAACAAUGCCAUCAUUAAAUACUUUCUGAAGGAGAAUAACUUGCUGUCGCACUUACACAGUCUUCGUAGUUAUUUCUUCUUAUUAAAUGGAGAGUUUGCCAAGAGUUUAACGGAUUCUCUUUACACUCGACUGUACCAGAUCUCCGUGCCUAUCGAAUUGUUUAAUUCAGCCACGCUGACUAAUCUCCUGGAACGAGCGCUCGUUCAUUCUUUUAACAAUGUUUAUAUAAACUCGGAACUACUCAGUCUCUCAGCGACGGACACGCCGGCUCAGUUACACAUAUCCGAUCCCACUGCGCUGGAUUGUCUUUCUCUUAAUUAUAAAAUCAGUUGGCCUCUCAAUAUCAUACUUGAUGAAACGGUCAUGCAACAAUAUAGUAGAAUAUUUAAAUUUCUGAUAACAAGCGGCCGUGUCUCGUGGGUAUUGCAAGAAGACUUCAAUGUAAUGAAAGGGGAACGAAAAGCAAUGAAAUCGGAGCAAUAUCAUAAACUGCAAUUAUAUAGACACGCCAUGACACAGUUCAUGAACGCUUUGCACAAUUAUUUAACGUGUAGUAUCUUACAUGCAAGUUGGGCCGAAUUCGAAUUAGAUUUGGAAAACUCAUUGACCGUCGAUCAAAUUUAUUUGUCACACGUUAACUACAUAAAACGGAUACUUUCACGAUGUAUGCUAAACAGUCGCGGCGAGAAAGUACGCGUCUGUUUGAACAACAUAUUCAAAGUCAUUUUGAAAUUUCACAAUAGAUUGAGAUCUCACAAUUGGGUUGCAAAAUCUUCAGGAUACGUACAUCCCAAUUUUAAAAAACUGGAACAAAUGUAUCGAGCAUUUUGCGAAUUACGAGCAUACAUGGCACAUGUUGUGUUUAAAUUAGCUACGAGUGGAUACCAACCACAUUUAAUGCAUUUUUUAAAUGCUCUCAACAUUAACCAUCUGUAUGACAUAACCGUUAAGACUAACCGAGGUUCGGCAGCUCCUUCGGGACAUUAAUAAAUUUUCUUCUCAUUACAAAAUCGA